AUGACGAACCCGACAACGUUCACAUCCUCGUCCGAUUCUCAUGGCAGGCUGUGGGGCAAAGGGCCCUUAGCGUUCAGCGCUGCGGGGAAAGGACAACAAACGGACAGGGACAUCGGCGGGCUAAGGAGAUUCAUCCAGCCUACUGGACAGGAGGAUGAGAUUGACGGCGAGUGUGGCCUGAUGGGGGAGGGAUGGGAUGAGAGCACGACAGAGGAGAGGAGGACGGGUUUGGCUGCGAGAGACUCUCACCCCGCGGGCCUGGGGCCAGCAAUUGCCGGUUUGGGUCUAGUGCUGUCUUCCCCGCAUUGUGCCUGUAGCUGA